AGAAAGUUUCUUUAUAUUUGACUUGAUAACUUGUUUCGUUGAUACUUGCUUUUGUUACAUUAGACGUACUAAUAUUUCUUACUAUAUAUUAUUUUUUAUUAUAUUUUACUAUAUACUAUAUUUACAAAUUUCUGUCGCACAUUAACCCGAUUGUUAGGUUAUGCGUGAGAGGGCCAUAACCUAUACAAGUUUAUACACCGAUACGAUAGGCGCAUGGAAUUACACGUGCUUCGAGCAGAAAUUACACAUCCUUCGAGCGAAACUCUGUGAGCGGUCUUAAAGAAUAUUGAAAUUAUUAUCUAUUACGUAGAACAUUUAACGUUAAAGAAAACAACGAAUAGUCUUAGAUAUCACAAAUGGAAAUUCAUUGGCGAUCAUUGACGAAUUCAAAAACGUAUUGGAAACGACAAGAAAUCGAUUAUAAGAUGGACCAAGAAGUGAGAAAAUGGCUAAGAACGGGAACUGUCGAGUGCAAGUGAAAAUUGGCGAAGUUCCCCAUAACGUAGAUGUCCAAUUACAUUCAACCAAGACUGAACUCACGACUGAGAUCAAAGAGAAACGCUGUCAAAUGCAGAAGAAACGUGGAACGUCAGAAUUUCGCCAGGAGGAUGAAAUAUUCGUUGCAACAUGUGAGAAACAAGACCAGAGAAUACACAAAGAGCAACAACAACAACAACAACAACAACAACAACAACAACAGCAGCAGCAGCAGCAACAACAGACUCAUUCGCAACAUUAUUCGAUGACAACGACGAUAACGACAACGACUACGACGACGGAUAUACAGCAGGUUGAUAGAUUCGAAUCGAGUUCAGAUAUGUCUGGUUCAACUUUUAGCAGUCAGAGGGUUUACAAGAAAUCCUCACCGAACAGCAAAUUAACUCUCUACCUUGCCAGUAGAGAUCUUAUCGUUAGCGAUGCGAAAAUAGACAAGUUACAAGGUGUUCUAUUGGUUGACCCAGAAUAUCUUCAACAAAAAAGGGUAUACGGUCAAAUAACACUGACUUUUCGUUAUGGUAGAGAGGAUGAGGAAGUAAUGGGCCUAAAAUUUUGCAAUGAGGCGAUUAUGUGUGUCUCCCAACUUUAUCCACCAUAUUCGGGACCUGAUCAUCACGAGGUUGUAACACCUUUACAGGAUGCUCUGGUAAAGAGAUUGGGAUCGAAUGCUUACGCAUUCACCAUGGAAAUUACACCCUUAGCACCGCCAUCCGUGCAAUUGGUACCUGCUAAGGAAUAUACUGGCGCACCCAUCGGAACGAGUUACGACGUUAGAGCUUACGUGGCUGAUCGACCCGACGAUAAGUUGCAUCAAAAAUCAACCGUUAGAAUGGGCAUUAGAGUGAUUCAACGAACGACGAAACCACCCUUACCAUGUCUUACGAUGUAUAGUGUACCUACAUCAACGAUGAUACCAUCAAGGAUUCAAAUUAACAAACCGAGAUUCUCGUUCGCUACCAAUGAAAUCCUCGAGGACGAGGAAAAUAUAGGACCACAAGCAGCCAUCGAAAAACCAUUUAUAUUGAGCGAUGGACGUGUCGGUUUAGAAGCAAGAUUAGAUCGAGCUAUUUAUGCCCAUGGGGAUUCUAUAACUGUCCACGUCAAUGUUAACAAUAAUAGUAGCAAAUCCGUCAGACGAAUUAAGGUUUUCGUCGUUCAACACGUCGACGUUUGUAUGUUCAGUAAUGGUAAAUUUAAAAACGUGGUAGCACUUGUAUCUUCUCAAGAGGGUUGCCCUAUAAGGCCAGGGUCUAGUUUGAAAAAAUGUUACACUUUGAAACCCAUCAAAGGAUCCAGUAAAAAUUGGAUUGCUUUGGAAGAUAGUUAUACCAAAGCUGGUGCUACCUUAGCUUCUACAAUCGUUUGUCCUGGAAAUGGACCAGAAGAUCGAAAUGUUUUUGCUAUUUACGUAUCCUAUUACGUGAAGGUAAAACUGAUAAUCUCAACGAUAGGCGGUGACGUUUCUUUAAAAUUACCAUUCACUUUAACUCAUACUAAUACCGAUCCAGAUCUUGUUGGGUUUCCAUCGCCGGUUAGAGAAAUUUCGAAACCUUUGCGAAAGAUGGAGGAUAUAAACGAACAUCCGGAUAAGUAUGAUUGUAAUCAAACGAAGAACAAGGAAUCGAAAUUGACGACUAUUCAGGAAAAAGAAAAACAAUCAAAAAUCACCGACGUUGAUCUUAUAGAACAUUAUGACGAGGAGGACAGUACCUGAGAGCAGGUUAAAUGUGACGAGAAGCUAAAAACGACAGAUCUGAAAUCUCGACAAUCUAAAAAGAAUAAUAACGAAGCUAAAAAUAUAAACUUGAAGAAUACAAAUCAAAAAGCCUGUAAGUUAGGCUUCAGUAUACAAAGAGCUUGGUGCUGUUUCAGAAGAGCUUCUUAGUGCGUCUUGCAUUUGAAAGAACGUUUGAGAUAAUAGAUGGAAAUAAAAAAGUGGAGUGCGUGUUGAUUACGAAUCAUAUUGAAGAUGAUUCGAGAAAAUAAAUAUUUUUUGAAGGUACAAUUACACACUCCCAAAAAGGUUCCUUCAUUUGUCGUGACUCUAUCGACUGAUUUUGAAUUAUCAUUCUAUAGUACAAGGAAUCUGAAGCUAUCUGUACUCUUAACUUUCUUAUUGACGUUAUAUAUGUAUGUGUGUGUAUGUAU